GUGAAAAAAAAAAGAAGAGGAAAAACUAGAAGUUGCCGAGAGCCGCGUGGUGUUCGUCCGGUCUCCGGUCCAGAGCGGGAGGCGGCCGGCAAUCCGCGACCUCCACCUCCUCCUCCUCCUCCUCUCGUCACCACCACCACGGCGACCCCGUCCUCCUCGCCCCUCUAAAAGCCUCUCCCUUCCUUUCUCUCUCCCCUUCUCGUGGGAUCUUGUAUUCUUGCGUCGUCUUGGGACUCUUGUGGUGGUCAAGAACGAGGACGAGAGAGGUCGGAGAGCGAGGCGGCGGCUGUGCCGUUGCGCGUGCGGUGCGGGUGAGGUAGCUAGCGAGCGAGAGGGGAGAUGGAGGCGGUGGCGGUUGCGGGCGGUGGCGCGGGGCUGACAAGGUGGCAGGCGGCGGCGCUGUCGGCGGUGGCGGGGUGGGUGUGGGCGGCCUCCUCCUUCGACCUCACGCGGCGGUCGCGCGCGCUGGUGCAGCCGUGGGUCACCCGCCGCGUGCUCGCCGAGACGCCGUCCAUCGUCAGAUUCCAGAAGGUGCAUCACAAGUUGCUGGACAGUUUCUUCUCUGUGCUGUCAUGCGUUGUCUCUGUCCCUUUCUACACCGGAUUCCUCCCUCUCCUCUUCUGGAGCGGACACUCCAAGCUGGCUAGGCAGAUGACGCUGCUCAUGGCAUUCUGCGAUUACCUUGGCAAUUCUGUGAAGGACGCGGUGUCAGCCCCUCGGCCAAGCUCUCCUCCGGUGAGAAGAGUGACAGCUACUGAAGACGAGAAGGAAAAUGCCAUGGAAUAUGGAUUGCCUUCAUCGCACGCUCUUAAUACCGUUUGUUUGAUGGGAUAUCUGCUGCAUUAUGUCCUAACAUAUGGAUCACACGACAAUGUUAUGGUUGUCACGGGCUUAUCUCUAGCUUUCUUGCUUGUUAUGUUAGUUGGCAUUGGACGGAUAUAUUUGGGCAUGCACAGCUUGAUUGAUGUUAUUGCUGGCAUCUGUUUUGGCGUUGUAAUCCUGGCAUUCUGGUUGGCUGUCCAUAAUCAUGUCGAUGCUUUUGUUGUCUCCGGUCAAAAUGUUACAACCUUCUGGGCGAGCCUUUCUCUGUUGCUGUGCUUCGCAUAUCCAAAACCAGAAUUCCCAACUCCUAGCUUUGAAUACCACACAGCAUUCAAUGGGGUGGCUUUUGGAAUUGUCUAUGGAAUCCAACAAACCUACUUCCAUUUCCACAAUCCUGAUGUCCCCCUCAUUUUCAGCCCACAAUUACCGCUUAUUGUAUUUGUCGGGAGGGUUCUCGUGGGGAUCCCAACCAUCCUAGUUGUGAAAUUCUGCAGUAAAGCUCUCUCGAAAUGGCUUCUACCGGUGAUGUGCAACACCCUGGGCAUUCCUAUUGUAUCAACCUGCUAUGUUCCAGCGCUGAAGGCUUCCGAAAAGUGCAAGGUCAAGUCCGACGCGAAGCAGGGCGGUUAUCUCCAGAAGGUGUUCUCCCUCUUUCCACAGAAGGCGUACGAUGUGGACACCGGCAUAAGGUUCGUUCAGUACGCCAGCCUUGCAUGGUCAGUGGUCGACCUGGUGCCGGCCAUAUUCACUCAUUUAAGUUUGUAGUGAACACUGCAAGAUGCAUUCUACUUGGAGACUUGCAAAAUCCCAAAUGGGCUAUUCCUACUCAUGAGAGAGAGAUAAUCUUAUGGGACUGUAAAUCCGAUGAUCUCCACUUUAUUUUUAUUUUUGCGUGGUGUGUGUAGAGGUGUUUUGUCCAUAGUAGCAACCAGGAAGUAUUAACAUGCUGUGAAAUUUUGUUUCAUGAUGAAGACAGCGACCACCACGAACUCUGAAACUUAACUGCAAAGAAAUGCCAUUCCUUUUCUUGCAUUGUAUUGAUGCAGGUUCUUUGUAUC